AAAGUGUAGCGGAAUGCAGAAUAUAAUUGACCGAAAAUGUCUGUAAAACGCGCAUACAUUUGAGUAAAAUGCGUCCGAUUGUCGGCAGUAAACUGUGUGCGCAUGCGUGCGCAGUGUCAAAGGUCACAAGUUUGCCGCUGUGUUGUUUCUAUUACUAUUAGGACUCGAGCUAAACUGCUUUACACUUAUAAGUAGUGUGUGAGAGGAGCUCGACGCCCCGGGCGACCGUGUACAGGCGCUGCACAGGAUGCUGGCCACAGGAGCUGCCGUGAGCACGGCGCUCGCGCAGGUGGACCGCGAGAAGAUCUACCAGUGGAUCAACGAGCUCUCGAGCCCCGACACGCGCGAGAACGCGCUGCUCGAGCUGAGCAAGAAGCGCGAGUCCGUGCCCGACCUGGCGCCCAUGCUGUGGCACUCGUGCGGGACGAUCGCGGCGCUGCUGCAGGAAAUUGUCAACAUCUAUCCAUCCAUCAAUCCCCCAACCUUGACGGCACACCAGUCCAACAGAGUGUGUAAUGCCCUGGCACUUCUGCAGUGUGUGGCCUCCCAUCCGGAAACCAGGUCUGCAUUUCUGGCUGCGCACAUACCCCUGUUUCUCUACCCCUUCUUGCACACCGUCAGCAAAACACGGCCCUUUGAAUACCUGCGCCUCACCAGUCUGGGAGUGAUAGGAGCACUCGUGAAGACAGAUGAGCAGGAGGUGAUCAACUUCCUUCUUACCACAGAGAUCAUUCCUCUGUGCUUGCGCAUCAUGGAGUCCGGCAGCGAGCUUUCCAAAACGGUUGCUACUUUCAUACUGCAGAAAAUCCUCCUGGAUGACACGGGACUGGCCUACAUCUGUCAGACCUACGAGCGCUUCUCUCAUGUGGCUAUGAUACUAGGAAAAAUGGUUCUGCAGCUGUCAAAGGAGCCCUCUGCUCGUCUUCUGAAACACGUUGUUCGCUGUUACCUCCGUCUGUCGGACAACCCUAGAGCCAGAGAGGCUCUGCGCCAGUGCCUCCCGGAUCAGCUGAAGGACACAACCUUCUCCCAGGUGCUGAAGGAUGACGCCACCACCAAGCGCUGGCUGACUCAGCUGGUGAAGAAUCUGCAAGACGGGCAGGCCACGGAUCCCAGAGGUACCACCCCCACCUGGAGCUCCUCCCCCCUACAGCACCCCCACGGAGUCCCUUAACAGCACAGCUGUGGCAGUAAUGUUGAGGAUGCUGAGUCUUGUCCAGUAUGAAACAAGUGAUUUAUUCCUGCUGGACACCAUACAAAAACUCAUAGGUUUAAUAUGUUGUGAAUGAGGUGUCUUAGGCUUAAAGUGCAGACAGAGCUGUACGAUUUCACUUACAUUCUGGAACGUUCACAGACCAGCUGUUAUCCCCUGGGUUUGAGUUCCAACCCACACGUGCAACAGAAAGUGACUACUGUACUUAGAUCAGUGCUUUCUGACAACCUUUUGUAAAAAUGUUUGAAUUCUGUAUAAAAUGAGCUUACAAAACAACUUCAGUGAUUUCAUGUCAUCGAGAGAUUCAGUAUUUAUCCCUGAUGUGGUUCAAAUUAUUCAUAUAGAGGGGAAC